AUGGAAGUCCGACUACGUCCAAUGCCUCACUGCACCGACAAUAUUUUCAAAAUACAAUAUUCCAUCAUGUGGAGUGACCCUGAUCCCACACUUGAAAUAAACUACUUGAAUCAAGCAAGGGUUAUGCACAAUUUCAUGACACCAUUCAUAUCAAAGAAUCCAAGUGGGGCGUUCUUGAAUUACAGAGAUCUUGACAUCGGCGUGAUGACCAGAGACAAUUAUAGUGAAGUACUCCUAUAUCUCCAUAGGUUUUCAAGGCUGAAGAUUAUCCAUAGAGAUUUGAAAGCAAAUAACUUCUUGCUAGAUGACUACAUGAAGCCAAAAAUAUCAGGUUUUAAGUUAUUUGGGAUGGAUGAGUCUGAAGCAAAUACAAGUCGAGUUAUUAGAAUACGUGGUUAUAUGCCCCCAGAGUAUAUGUUAGAAGGCUCUGUUUCAACAAAGAUGGAUGUGUUUGGUUUUGUGAUUUGUUGCUUGAAAUUGCAUGGGAACAGUGGAAUGAAGGCAGAGGUCGGUAGAGGUUUGGAGUUGAUGGAUCCAGUUGGCGGAAAUAAGAAAGUAAUUUUGGAUGUUGUGGAGUGUGUGAAUAUGGUCGUGAACAAUAAUGGGCAAAUAGUUAGAUCAGAAGUUGUCGGUGCAUUGAAGAUGCGAACUUAUUUGAGUGGUAUGUCUGAGUAUAAGCUUGGACUGAAUGAUAGAGUAUUAUUGGAGGCACAAGGAUGA